AAAAUACAAUUAGUACAGACAGAUUAUGUGCAUCUCCCAAUUUCUUCAGAGAUGUUUAUCAUGUUUUCUUUAAAAAGUUGCAGGUAAGACAAAUUUUUCAUCUGGAAAACAACCUAGUUAUUAUUAUUAUUAUUAUACAGGCCUGCUUUGUUUUAAUUAAAAUAGUCUGAAAGCAGCCUGUGUUAUUUGUUUCAGCAGAAAAAAGAAAAACAGAAAGGAUCUAGCUUACCUAUUAAUAUCCGCCUCACUGGAUCUCGGGACCGCCCACCGUUUACCUGUUCAGGUAAACCCCGCCCACAAUGACAAUACGCUAUUUACAGUGAAGCAGUGACUGGAUUAUUGAGCGCUCAAAUGGUUUCAGCCAAAACAAAGCCACAACAGUAGCAGGAGCAUCCACCGGAUUUUCCCGCGAAAGAUGUUUCUGUAUGUUCUCCUGUGCUGUGUUGGGGUCGUGCACUGUUACGGUCACGGACGUGUCGGUGCUGUUUGUGGAUCUAUGACGCCUGGUCACGGGUCUAACAUCGCUCAGUCCAGCUCUGCUCCGUUCACCGUCACUGCUGACAAGACCACCUUUAAAGAGGGAGAUCAAAUCACAGUAUCGCUAAACAACCAAUCAGCAGAUCAAUUUGUAGGAUUUAUGUUACAAGCACGUCAAGUCGGAUCAUCUACUCCCAUCGGCACUUUUAAUGUGAUGGACAUUAAUGCUCAGCUCCUGUCCUGUGAUGGAGCGGCUAGUAGAGCAGUCUCUCACACAUCACGCAGUAAUAAAAGUUCAAUUGAAGCUAAAUGGACGGCCCCUACAUCUGGACAGCUCGGCAAUAUAGAAUUCAGAGCAACAUUUGUAAAAAAUUUUACUACCUUUUGGGUUGGUGUCAAGAGCUCUGCUGUGGUAUAUACAGGAACUCCUGCAACUGCAGCUCCGACUGUUCCAUCAAAUCCUGAUUGUGGGAAAACCAAAGUCUGCUUCAGUCAGCCCAGCAGCUGUGACCCAACUGCCAAAACAGCCUGCUCCUUCAUGGCAGUUCAGACAUCAUCUGACCAAUCAGAAAUGAGGAUUGAAAUGUUUGGGCAAGCGGAUGGAUACGUUGCUAUUGGGUUUUCAGAUGACAAGGAAAUGGGCAAUGACGACAUCUACAUCUGUGGUAAGGACAGCAGCGGCAACCUCCAAGUGCAACAUGCUAUUUCCACAGGAAAAACAGCUCCAACUAUUCUCUCACUGGGGAAUGUGACUGAUAUCAGGACAACGCUGAUGAAUGGAAAUACUAUCAAUUGUUCUUUUACAUCCCGUAAUGUCAUUAGCACAGGAAGUAGAGCAACGUCUACUAGCGAGUACUACCUCAUGAUUGCUGCCGGACCCUCCAGCAGUCAAGGUAACAUCCAGAUCCACUCAAAUAAAUAUGUCAGUAGUACCAAGGCUAAUUUACAGGAUCCAAGCCAGGUCGUUACAAGUGCUGAAGAAUUCCCAGCGAUUGUUAAAGCACACGGUUGCCUGAUGUUAAUCUCCUGGAUGACCACGGGCAGUAUAGGGAUGCUCAUAGCACGCUAUUUAAAGGGAGUUGCCAAGGACCACGGUUGCUGCGGUAAAGAUUUCUGGUUUAUGGCCCAUGUGUCUCUGAUGUCCCUGUCAGUCACUGCCACAGCCAUCGCAUUCAUACUGGUGUUUUCUUAUGCCCGGGAUUGGAGUGGGGGGGCUCAUCCGGUCCUGGGCUGUUUGGUGAUGAUCCUCAGUCUUAUUCAGCCCAUAGUUGCUGCUUUCCGCUGUGAGCCAAAUCACGAACGGAGGUUUAUUUUUAACUGGGCCCAUUCCUUCAUUGCUUUAGCUAUCAAAGGCCUCGCAGUUGCUGCAAUUUUCACUGGUCUGGCACUGUUUGAAGAAUAUAAGGAGGAUGGAUGGAUGUUAAAAGUUAUGGGAGGUUUUGUUACCUGGGAGGCCCUGACAUACAUUCUUCAAGAUCUUAACCUGCGCGCCAAGAAAAAGGAUUCUGAGAUUUUCAGUUUUGGAUCGAUGAGACCUGAAACAGUCCUGCUUGUCCUGUAUUUAUUGGGAAACCUGGCCUUCUUGAUAACACUUCUUGUAGGAAUAGGAAGAACUUAAAUAACCCCAACAUUCUACGGCCUUCCUUACUGGUUUUGAGGCCAAUUUUUGGCUCUUUUGCUGUAUGAGUAUGCAAAUUGGUAUUUGUUAUAUUUUUCUAAGUAACUCAGUGUUCAGCCCAGUAGAAUCACUACAUGAUCUUUUGUUUUUUAUUUUUAGUUAAUACAGCAUUCUUUCCCAUUAUAGAUUAACCACUGUGCCUUUGAUUAAGAAACAACUGCAUUAUACUAUUAGGAGACUGUUCUUACAAUUACUGUACUGUAAGUUGCUCAUUACGAUGGAUGGAAAAACAAUAGUUAAAUUAUCCUAGGAUUUAAUUAAAAAAUCCAGAAAAUAAGUUAUCCAUAUUUUAUUUUAUUGUAAACUUAACAAACGUUGAUUAAACAUUAAUGGAAAAUAUAUGAUACAUGUUUUAAAUAUUUUUAUAUAAUAUUUAUGUGUAUAUAUAGACAUUUAUUGUGAUUGUAACUUAAGUGUACAAGUCCACAGCACUCAACCACUAGAUGGCAGUGUCAUAAAAGGUAUUUUUAUGAAAGUGUAAUAUUUUUUAUUGUACAUUUUUCAGACUAUUUAAGGGAUGAAAUAAGAAUUCUUCAACUGAAAUGUUUUCGUACAUUUUAUAGAUUAAUAAAUAGACCAUUUUGUUUACCUCUUUGGACUAAUAAUUGCUGAAUUGGAUACCCUUAGAUGUACAGAUGAAUGUUAGUUGAACUGAAUGGCUAAACUAGUUAAACUGGACUAAUACAUUAGUCCUAAGUAUGAUCUAAGAUUACAAAAACAUUCAUUUAUUUUGGAAAAACAUGUACAGAUGAAUUGUUUGCAUUAAGACCAGGAAUGUGUUGUAAUCAGUAAACCCAUUCAAUUUUCAACAGUAUUCCCAAUUUAUGCCUUCACAUUAGACAAAGAAGUGAAAGCAAACUCCUAGCUACAGUAUAUGGGUUAAUGUCCACAAUGCAGCCUUGAGCACUCCUCAUUCAGGACCUCACUGAAACACUCUGGUGUUGAUUUAGCAGCUUGUGUGAAGUCAGUUGGUUGGCUUUCAUCUUUUACAGUGUUGUGCCUCGUAGUUCUUGCUGUUUCAGCACAGGCCUCCUGGUGUUCGGCUGGUAAAAGUGGAGGGCAGUCGUGGCAGAACAGAGAAAACAGACAGGAAAAAAUGGCAAUACUAGGACUCUGCUGUGUGCCCCAAUUUACAGGCCAACUGUGUCGGGGUCAGCGGCCAGCACAACUUUGAAUCAGCGGAGUCACAACUAGAGCCCGACUGAUUUAUCAUUUUGCCAGCCGAUAUGAGCCUGUCGCAGAUCGGCAUCAGUGUAUAUGCCGCAGAUAUGCCACCGAUUUAAAAAAUAUUUUUUUUUAAAGAAAUGGUGUAGGGCCUAAUUACUUUGUUUGUCCAGCAGAGUGCGCUCCAUUGUUUGCUACUGGGGACCCAACCUUUUUACUUCAGUAAGGAGGUCUCUUGUUCAGGCAGCAGCAGACAAGUGUUGAUGAUAAAGCGUUGUUUUAACGUUAAAUUGCUAACUUACUGUAAAGUUA